AUGGCACCCGAGGUCAAGACAUCUAGGGUCAGGUCAGGUGUCGGGUCAGCUUGUGGCCCAAACUGCGCCCGGGGCACGCUUUCCCGGACUUGCCACUCGCACUGGGCUGGGCCGACUGCCCGAGCCCGGCCUGGGCACUUUUCGCGAGGCCCUCCUGUGGCUCGCGGCCUUUAUUCUUUUGAUUUUGUUCGGGCUUUGGAGGCUUGCAGCAUGUGGUCAGCCGGGCCUCGCCCUGACGUCUGGUGGCUCACAUCGAAGCGCUCUGGCGCUUACCAGGAAGCAAGAAGAAGUAAUGCCCGGAACUUCGGGCCUUCGGAAGUUUCCUUUAUGAUGCCUCCUCUUCGCCCGCUCGAUCCGCUGUCCAUGCGAUCGCGGAUGUGCAUCCUCAGGCGCAGGACCGCUUGUGGCAGCACGCACGAAUCGGUCCGAGCGUGGGAAAGUUUGUGCAGCUUCCGACUUCUCGACCGUGAGCGCUGUCGAUUCGAUCCCUCAGUGCAAGAGAUGACGGAAAGUGAAAGAUUCCAAGCUCAAGUCGGAGAUGGCGGAAAGUAGAUCGUUCAAUUAGAGAUUUGCUGAGUUACGAGGUGUCAGACAUACAAUUCAAGAGGGAAACGAAUAUGGCAUAUAAGCGCAGUCCUCGAGUUAUUUGUUCACUUUGACGUUUAAGUCAUGGAAACGGGAUGGAUAGAGGACCAUCGGAUACAUAGUAGUGAGGCGGUAUUUUUUUUAUCCCAUUGGCUUCUCAAAUGCACAUG